GGACGCGGACGCGGAGGCGGACGCGGACGCGGACACGGGCGGCGGUUCCGACGGGAGCCCAGACUUUCCCAUGGCCUCGCUGUACGUGGGGGACCUGCACCCGGAGGUGACAGAGGCGAUGCUGUACGAGAAGUUCAGCCCGGCGGGGCCCAUUCUGUCCAUCCGCAUCUGCAGGGACAAGAUCACCCGCCGCUCCUUGGGCUACGCGUACGUCAACUACCAGCAGCCGCUGGACGCCAAGCGGGCCCUGGAGACCCUGAACUUCGAUGUCAUCAAGGGCAGGCCGGUGCGCAUUAUGUGGUCCCAGCGGGACCCGUCGCUGCGCAAGAGCGGGGUGGGCAAUGUCUUCAUCAAGAACCUGGGCAAGACCAUCGACAACAAGGCGCUGUACAACAUCUUCUCGGCGUUCGGCAACAUUCUCUCCUGCAAAGUGGCCUGCGACGAAAAGGGGCCCAAGGGCUACGGUUUCGUGCACUUCCAGAAACAGGAGUCCGCCGAGCGCGCCAUCGAUGCCAUGAACGGCAUGUUCCUGAACUACCGCAAAAUUUUCGUCGGCAGGUUCAAGUCGCACAAAGAACGAGAGGCCGAGAGGGGGGCCUGGGCCAGGCAGUCCACCAGUGCUGACGUCAAGAAUUUCCAGGAAGACACCGACGACGGGGCCACCUUGCGAUGAAGACGGCCCAGGAGCGAGCCAGCCAGCAGAGCCAAACCUUGGCUCCCACCCGGUGAUACAAUUUCAUGGUAGACACAUCAGAAAGGAGAAGGAAAUCAGAUGAGGGGAAACAACCAACAGAGUAAUUGCUCCCCAUGAUCCUGCUACCCAGAGAGAGAACCACUUUUACCUUUUGGUGUGCUGUUUUUCCAGGCUCUCUUCUCUCCCUCCCUCUCCCUCCCUUCCUCAGCCCCCACCCCGGCCCCAGCCCCACCUCCCCUUUUAACAGAAUGGUUCAUGUAUGUGGGGUUUCUUAACCUGCUUUUUCAGAAACUAAAACCAAACAAAAACCAAUCCACUGAACUUCUUUCCGUGUUAUUCAACAGGCUCCCCCAACGUCAUCUUCAGUGCCUGCAGAGUGUCUCCAUGGACCUUAACAUUUCUGUAACCAUUCCCGCCUUGUGGGACAUUCAGGUGGUGCCUAGGUCGUUCCCUAUGUCUAAGCCCAACACCGCGUGCUCUGAUGAGUGAACCCUUCCCUGUCCAGCCAAAUCUUCGCUAGCAUAGCAGAUGGUCAUCCAAACUGUGGACUUGCAGGGUCCACAUAUGGACACACCUUAAAGACUUUCCCUGUGUGUUGCCGAAUGGCCCCUUCAUAACUAUUGUACCAGUUUGCAUUCAUGCCAGCCAGCACAGCUACUAAAAGACAGUAUGCCCAUUCCCCCUGCAUAGUCUCCUGGUCCCUGUAAUUUGGUGUGCUGUGUGCUGUGUGCUGUGUGCUGUGUGCUGUGGUGUGUGUGUGUGUGUGUGUGUGUGUGUGUGUGUGUGUGUUGGCCAGCCUGAUGGGCUACAAAGGGCAUUUUGCUGUCCUUGAUUGUUUUGCUGGAUUGAAAUACUCUUUAUCACCUCCCUCCCCUGUGCACACUUCCUGCCCUUCUCCUCCUCCCACCCCCCACCCCACCCCACCGUCAGAAAAAUAACAGCUUCAUUGCAGGAAAAAAAUAAAAAAUAAAAUCACAAAGCAGACAAGUUAACAGAAGAAAAUUAAUGUCACCAGUCAUCGAUCCUAAUGACCACUCAUACCUUCCUGAAAUCAUUUCCGUCUGCACCUGCCCAGUGUUUUUCAUGUGACAGAUACGUGAAUUCUGAUGUAUAUACUGUUUCAAUAUCUGCUUUUUCACACAUAAAUAUAUAACAUAGAUACAGAUGUAUAGUUAGAUAUUCUUGAACUUCCUUUCAUGUCAUUAAAUAUUCUUCUAAAAUAGUUUCCAUGGCUGUUUAGUGUUCCAGUGGAUGGCCUGACACAGGAACAGAUAGGGGUAUGUGUGCACCCCUAUGUGUAUUCAGAUCCGUAGCCCUAUGGGGCUGUUUCUUUUCACUGCUUCCUCAUGGUUGAACAUCUGGGUGGUUUCUGGUUUUUCUUUUUCUUUUUUUCUUUCUGUUCUUAUCCAAACCCAAACUGCUAAUAAUAUCAUAGUGCACGAACCUUGCUUACAUUCAGCAUUCUUUCCUGAACAGACAUUGCUAACAGAAGAAUUGAGCGGUCCAAGGAUAUGGAAGGUUUGGCAGGGAAGUGUAUUAAUAAAUGGCCAUAUAGAAUGAUAAGUUUAUCUUUGUAAUAUGCACCAGCAUUCAACAGGACCCAGUUUUAUCUGGGAAAGAGGAGCUUUUUUGUUUCAUUUAUUUUAAACAUUUUAUACAACUUGUACAUGAUUAUAAUAGAAAAUAUUUUUACGAACUUGUUAAUGUAACAAAAUAAAGUCAAUAUCCUAAUACCAUUCCUAACACCACUACUUGACAAAAUACAUUUUUAAUGAAUAGAUAUCUACAUACCUUCAUAUUUGUAAUGAACUAUGUGUUGUUUCACUUUACCAGUCCUGUGGCACCACAUUUCUAAAUCCCUAAAUAUAUUGUUUUAAUUACAUUGUUUCAUAAUAUUCCACCACAGAGAUGAGCUAUAAUUUCUACCAGCAAGUUUCCUAGUGGUAUGUUUAAAAUUGUUCUGACUUUUUACAUGUAAGAUCAAUUCUAUGAUGAACAGCUUUGUACCUGAAUGUCUUGGAACAUUUUAUUGCUUUCUAUUCCUUACUGUUGUAAUUUCAGGAUGAUAGUUGUGGACGUGCCAAAUAUUUUUCUUGGUCUGUUGCCAAAUGUUUCUCCCUUAAAGUUUAUAUCAAGCAGUAGUUUAGAAGAGUGCACACAUCCCUGCCCAGCUUUUUUAAUUGUUCAAAAUAAUUUUCAAGUUUUGUGAAAUUGAAAUGGUUUAAACAUUUUUUUUUUAAAGAUUUUAUUGGGGAAGGGGAACAGGACUU